CAACAUAGAUACAGUGACAGGUGACAGCGUGUUUUCCGCUUCUGUAGAUGUGAAAAUCGAACAGGAAUAGCAAUUUUUGAAAAAGCCCUAGUCGUGAUUUUUUUCAGCGAAAGGGUACUGCCGAGUGUUCGAACGUAUAGUCAUGCAAAACGUAAUUAACACAGUGAAAGGUACGGCGCUUGGAGUUGCAGAAUAUCUUACACCAGUGCUUAAAGAUUCAAAAUUUAAAGAAACUGGAGUUUUAACCCCAGAAGAAUUUGUUAAAGCUGGUGAUCAUUUGGUUCAUCAUUGCCCUACAUGGCAGUGGGCAACUGGUGAUGAAUCUAAAAUAAAACCUUAUCUCCCAAAAAAUAAACAAUUUUUACUCACAAGGAAUGUUCCUUGCUAUAAGCGUUGCAAACAAUUGGAAUACACUGAGCAAGAAAAAAUAGUUCAGCCAGAGGAUGGUGAAGGUGGAUGGGUUGAUACACACCCUGCCAAUGAAAACUCAACUGAAGGAUCUGCAACAGCAGAAAUGUCAAGCGAAGAAAAGAGUGAUAUGGAAGAGGCUGAUGAUAUGCAAAAUAAUUUGGGGAAUGCCAUAGCUGAUCUUGCCCUUGCUGAUGAUGAUGAUGGUGAGGCUGCUGUGAUGGAAGACAGUGAUCUAGAAGAUGAGGAUGAUGAAGCAGAAGUCAAGCCAACCUUUGACCGCGAAAAAGUAAAACCGAAAUUAACUGAGCCAAGUGGAGAAAUUAUUCAAACUAGAACGUACGACCUAAACAUAACAUACGAUAAAUACUAUCAAACGCCUCGCCUGUGGGUUUCCGGUCACGACGAGAAUCGUCAUCCGUUAUCAGUCGAACAAAUGUACGAGGACGUCAGCCAGGAUCACGCCAAAAGGACAGUAACAAUGGAGACUCACCCGCACAUACCAGGCCCCCCUAUGGCUUCUGUUCAUCCGUGCAGGCAUGCUGAAGUCAUGAAGUUCUUUAUCCAAACUGUUACAGAAGGUGGAAGAGAGUUAGGUGUACAUAUGUACUUGAUCAUCUUUCUGAAGUUUGUUCAAGCCGUUAUUCCUACUAUUGAAUACGAUUACACACAGAACUUCACAAUGUAAUCAAAUAUGGAGGAAUCUUUAAGCCAUUUCUUGUUUGAUUUUUUCUUAAAGAAUCUUGUCAUACAACCUGAUGCAUAGGCUAUUGUUUUUAGAUUAAAAUACACCUUGUAUUUGCA